ACUCAGUCUACACUGCUUCGUUGGUGGAGACGUAACUCGCAAGUCGCGCUCUCCGCCCUCAGUACUUUAUAGUGUACAAAUCGCGAGUGAACGUGUGAGGCUUCAUUCGAACUUAAUGUUGUUUACGUCCAUUCUUCUGACAAACUGUCCAGUCAAGGUCAUCGUUAUCGUUUUGACACCUGUUGUUUGGAUACUUUAAGUAUCGCAGUAUCAAUAUUGAAAAGAACUAAUCUAGAAAUGUGUUAUAACAAGCACUUAAUAAAACUCGCAGACUACUUCAGAUUGUAUUUCGAUACUUCUCAUUGAAUGUGUAGUGGCAAUCAGAAUCACAAUGAUCAACUACGGCAAGAUUGUAUUCACUAAGCUUCUUCUAUGCGUACUCAUAUCCGGUACUUUUGCUCGAUCUUGGGCCAAUCACCAUGAUACCACAACAUCUACAACACAAACUACCCCAACGACAAGUCCGGUACCAAAAAAUAUCCACAACGAUCCACUUAUUGUCGAAACAAAGAGCGGUCUCAUCAAAGGAUACGCAAAAACUGUAAUGGGACGCGAGGUACACAUUUUUACAGGUAUCCCGUUUGCGAAACCUCCAUUAGGACCCCUGAGAUUCCGUAAACCGGUACCAAUCGAGCCAUGGCAUGGCGUGCUUGAAGCAAACUUAAUGCCAAACAGUUGCUAUCAAGAACGCUACGAAUAUUUCCCAGGUUUCGAAGGAGAAGAAAUGUGGAAUCCAAAUACUAAUAUAUCAGAAGAUUGCCUUUAUUUGAAUAUUUGGGUACCACAGCACUUACGAGUUCGUCACCAUCAAGAUAAACCACUCGCCGAAAGACCUAAAGUGCCGAUUCUUGUGUGGAUUUACGGCGGUGGCUACAUGAGUGGCACGGCUACACUUGACCUAUAUAAAGCAGAUAUAAUGGCAUCUACAAGCGACGUAAUAGUGGCUUCUAUGCAAUACAGGGUUGGUGCAUUUGGAUUUUUAUAUUUGAAUAAAUAUUUUUCUCCGGGUAGUGAAGAAGCUCCUGGAAAUAUGGGUUUAUGGGAUCAACAACUCGCUAUUCGUUGGAUAAAAGAGAACGCUCGUGCUUUUGGAGGAGACCCUGAACUCAUUACGCUGUUCGGGGAAUCUGCCGGUGGCGGUAGUGUAAGCCUUCAUAUGCUAUCACCUGAAAUGAAAGGAUUGUUUAAAAGAGGUAUAUUGCAAUCAGGAACGUUGAAUGCACCUUGGAGUUGGAUGACUGGAGAAAGAGCUCAAGAUAUUGGAAAAGUAUUAAUUGAUGACUGUAACUGCAACAGUAGUCUUUUAGCCAAGGAUCCUAGUCUCGUAAUGGAUUGCAUGCGCGGAGUUGACGCUAAAACGAUUUCUGUCCAGCAAUGGAAUUCUUAUACUGGAAUUUUGGGUUUUCCGUCCGCACCUACGGUUGAUGGUAUUUUUUUGCCAAAAGAUCCUGAUACCAUGAUGAAGGAAGGAAAUUUCCAUAAUAGUGAAGUGCUACUUGGCAGUAACCAAGACGAAGGGACAUAUUUUUUGCUGUACGACUUCCUGGAUUAUUUCGAAAAGGAUGGGCCUAGUUUUCUUCAGAGGGAGAAAUUUCUCGAAAUCGUUGACACUAUUUUCAAGGACUUUUCUAAAAUUAAGAGAGAAGCCAUUGUGUUCCAGUAUACAGAUUGGGAAGAGAUCACCGACGGAUAUUUGAACCAGAAGAUGAUAGCUGAUGUCGUAGGAGACUACUUCUUCGUAUGCCCCACUAACUACUUCGCCGAAAUACUCGCCGACGCUGGUGUCGAUGUUUACUAUUACUAUUUUACUCAUCGUACCAGCACAAGUCUCUGGGGAGAAUGGAUGGGUGUGAUGCAUGGUGACGAAAUGGAAUAUGUUUUUGGACAUCCCUUGAACAUGUCCCUUCAGUACCAUUCCCGGGAGCGUGAUUUAGCUGCACACAUUAUGCAGUCUUUCACACAGUUUGCUCUUACCGGAAAACCUCACAAACCUGACGAGAAGUGGCCUCUGUACUCCCGGUCUUCGCCUCAUUACUACACAUACACGGCGGUGGGUCCAAGCGGUCCAGCCGGACCCCGCGGCCCGCGUGCCUCCGCUUGCGCUUUCUGGAACGAUUUCUUGAACAAACUUAACGAGUUGGAGCGUGUACCGUGUGACGGGGCCGUGACCGGUCCUUACAGCAGUGUCGCCGGCACUGCCCUCCCUGUAACCCUUCUCACCACUUUGGCAAUCACUAUUGCUUUGUAAAUUUUAAAUUAAAAAUAAAGUAGUCUUGUCCGCGCUUCGAAGUGAAAAGGACCAUUAAAGUGAAUAAUAACGGCUGUAUGUGUGUAGACGUUGACGUUAGAAUUAUUUCUUAAUUUAGUAACAUUAGAGACAUUGCAUAUCGAAAAGGGUAUAGAAAUUUGGUAGGGUCUGAAGAAGAAAUUGGACAAUGUAAUGGAAUGUUGGUGUAAGUGAAAAGAUAAUCGGACUUAAUUAUUGGGAAGCCAUCGAUUUUGACCCUGAUAACAAUGCGAGUGCGGCAAAUGAUAUAAAUGUUUUUCGCCAUGAUUUCAAGUCAAGUUUUUGAAAAGACAUUUUUUUUUAUAUUGUUAAAUGAUUUCGUUGUGUUUCUCAUUGAAUUUAAAUUAUUGUAAUAUGUACUAGCUGUAUUGAUGUUAAAUUUUAAUUGAAAUGUUAGAUAUUAUUCAAAUUGAUAUUCAAAUGUUGGUAACGAAAAUGUGCUGAAUGUUAAUUGUUUAGUUUAUUGAUGUUCCUCUCUAUAGUUGCUUUGAAUGUUUGAUGUUGUAUUCUAAAUCUAUUUCACUUUAGGAGUAUUUACAAAGUAUGAUAUAAAUAAUGAAUGUCUUUGUAAUUUUUUAACAUUAAGUUAUUAGAGAAGAAGCUUUGAACUUAAAAGCGAUGCUUCCCACAAAACAGUCGUAAGACAUAUACAUAUCAAAUAUGUGCCUCUCUGCUUAUAUGCAAAUGAAACAUAUCUAUAUUGUAGCAAAUUUUAAGAAUUUAUAUAGACAAGUAUAGGUCAACUGUAUACUGUGAAGUGAAUUUUUAACAAUAUAUUUAUAAUAUAGUUCGCUAUAGAAUCGUACCAUUUAAUAAUCUUAUGAAUUCUAAAUUCUUAUGACUUCGAACAGAAAUAAUAUUUUGUAAGUGAGUAUUUCUUUUUCAUAGAUAAAAGAAAAUGUUAUAAAAACUUAAAGCACACAAGUAGAUCCUUAAAUAUCUUCUGACUGAUUUUUCAAAAUAAUUUAUUUAGUAGUAACUCUCUUAAAACAUGACUGUAUUAGAUUUAUCACAUUAAAAUAUAUGUAUUUUAGUGAAAUGCCUUCAUUUUGAAAUUAUCACGGACAUAUCUAAAUGAACUAUGGGUAAUAAAUAAAUAGUCAAUUAAAUUAUACCUAAAUAAAAUUGAUACUAUCAUCAUUUGAUAGUGACACUAUUUUGGCAAUUUGACACAUUUGACAAAUAAUACUAACUUUUAAAAGUCGUAAGCCGUAUUGUGAGUCCGCCGAAGGAAGGAUACACUAACCUGCGUAUUUCUGGUGCAAAACGAGUCACAUUUUCGUUUAUCCGCGAUAUAGUUUCAAGGGCGAUACAGCCAUUUUAUACUACAAAAGAUGCUCGACUUCAUAUCGCUACAUUCGCAACGAAAUUCACAUUAUGGUUUCGAUAAUCAUUUAAUGAGAUAUAUUUUGUGUCAGUACCGGAAUGCAUCAUAAAUAAAGGGCAUCACAUAUCGGCUAUAUAAAAGGACAAAACAAAAAAAAAAUCGUCUCCAAUUCAGGCAUUGAAACAUUCCAAACACAACGUAAUUAGUAGCUUGAAAAUGCUUUAAGUGAAAAUAAUCUUAUGAACUUAGUAACUUUUUAUACUUUAACAAUAUUUGUACUAGUAAAAAUUUUAGCGGUAACGUAUUAUUAUUAUUACUGUAAUAACUAUGCGAUUGUCAAUUAAUAAUAAGCAUGUGAAUUAAUGACAUUAGAACCUUCCGGGCUUAUUCAAACUGUACGUGCUAUUCGUUCUACGAGUACUACGUACAAUCAAACUCUUGGCAAAGUGUUAAAACAGUCCAAACGGCAACAGUAUUAUUCCGGGUAUGCAGCGACUUAGCUGUGUCCCUGGCAUUGUUGACAUCAUCUGUGACGGAUCUUGAGGGAAAAUACUUGUUAUCGAUUAAUACGACAUUUUCUUCCGUAUGACCGUGUAUUUAGCACAUUUACAAUAUUAACUUAAGUAAAACUAAAAAACUACUACCGGUUCGCUUCACAUAUUUUUGACAAGUGUUUUUUCUUAAGACCGUGCUGCCAGACUCAGAUCACAAAAGCUACGUUCCGUGACAACAUCCAUGAGCGAUGGUAACCACUUACCAUCAGUUGGGCUUUAUGCUCGUCUGCCUACAAAGCCAAUAAAAAAAGCAAGGCGUCUGAAUAAGCUUGGAAGUAUUAAAUACUUUUAUUUUUACUUAGAAAACGAAUAUAUAUUUAUCAGGUCGUCUUAUCUUCAUCCAAUCGUAGUGCAAUCGUUUGAAAACACGACACUCGCUUUCUUGUUGUAUUAAAGCACAAAUUGAAAUGUUGUAUGGGAUAGCUUUAAUUAGUUAGUUUAAGAUAUAAAGUUUUUCGUAAUGAUCCAUGUAAUAUAAGUAGAUAUUUCAAAACACACACACACACACACACAUACACAACUAUGUAUUAAUAAACAUAGCUGAAACUACAAACUCAGCGUAUGUUCAAAAAUUUAACGCAUCGCUCUUAAAUUGACGAAAAACUUACUUUAUCUUUAGAGGAUUUAAAUACAAAUAAAAAAAAAAAAAAAUUGGUAAUGCUGUAUGUACUAAAACAAGAAAACCUUUCCGAUCUAUUACUGUUACUAAAUGAACUAACCACAACAGAGCUAAAUUAGGUAUAUGUGAUGUAUUAAUUGUUGGUAUCUCUGUCUUGUAGUGUAGUGAUGUAGUGAAAAUAAAUAUAUUUUGAAAAGUGUAGUUCGCGUAAUAUUGUAAUCUAGUUUUGGCAGUCGUGGGUAAGCUCUAUUAGAACAAAAAUUCAACCGCUUUUUAAUCAGAAUUCAUAAAAUAAUGCCAAAGUUAAACUGUACCUUAAGACAGAGUGAGUGAUACACGAAGUCAUUUUUUUAUCUUUAUUUCUUUUAUAAUUCAGAUCUCACAUUCGUAAUGAAAUUUAACCUUAUACUCGUACUACGAAAAUAAUAGCUAACAUUACUAGAUUCAUGCAAUCAUAAUAUUAGGUUAUAUUUUUUUGCAUAUCGUAUAUUCGAUUUUGUUUCAUGUAUAGCCUUUAUACGUUAUUCUUUUGAGUCAGUUUUAGCGAAGGGCCUAACAUAUUUAUUUUUAACUUUAGAUAGCCACCUAGUAAUAGCCGAUAUUUUUGAGAAUACUAUAACUAUAUAAAUCCACACCCAGUAAUAUUACAUUAUUAUAUAUCUAUAUGUCGUCAUAUAGAUGUGCAGUAUUUCCCUAACGGUUAAAGGAAAAGCUGUCUGAAAUUUCAAUAUACAGUGCUCAGAAAACACUUGUUGUAAUUGCUUUGUUUUAUCUAAAUAUUAAUUUAGUCUUAAUAAAAUAUUAAUUAGGAAUUAGGUCUUAAAAAUUAUACAUUUUGUUUGGUUGUUUUACAAAUCAAAUUUAAGUUGGAUAAAGCUGUAGAUUUUAAUUUGAAUAAUCAAAUUCUUGUAUGUGCACUUAAUAUUCUUUCUUACAUAACUCUGAGAGAUGAUAUUAAUUUAGAAUUUAAAAUUCAACCGAUAGGGAUGGUAAAAAAAAAAUUUUUGUUUUUAAAUGAUGAGUUAUUAUUCGAGUUAUUUUAUAUGCUUGAGUUUCAUCAACGUAUAGCAACUAAGACAACUCUGCACUCGAUAGUACGUUAUAAAAUAAAUGGAAAAACAGUUUGAUAAUCCACAAUUGUGUGUAAAUGUAUUCAUGCUAUUCAUCUAUAGUUAGUUUUUAAGGUUAGAAGACUUGGACUCAAUGUAUUGCUUCUGUAUGCUAAUAAAAUACAAAGCACUUACUAAAACAGCGAGCUGUUUAUAUAAACGCGUACUAUACGUUUAGUAAAUUUGUAGUAAAUGCGUUUACCUAGACACUAGAUGACUAUAUGUUAGAGUUAGAUGUUAUUUAUCUAACGAAGCUUACGUCUUUAACAGAUAAUGUUUAGGUAUUGCUUGACAAGUUAGGUGCUAAUUUAAUGUACGUAUAUCUACACAUUAUUGUGCACUUUAUCAUUUUUGUACUGUUAGUAACGACAACAAAAAAAAAAUUGCGAAUGACGUCGACAAUAUCUGUUUAAUAUUUCGGAUAUUGAAUCUGUACUGUGCUUUUAGCGCUUUUAUGUGCGUUUUUUUUUGUAUUAAUUUAUCACGUGUCAAGCCACACUAGUUGUAGUUUGUUAAAAUUAGUUCAACGUUAUUAAUAAUAAUAGAAAAUAUAUUAUGUAAACGACUUAGAUGUUGAAUAGAGUUUUGUCGUGUAAAUUCGUUUGUACAGUCGCACGAUAUUAUUUAUUUCAAGUAGCGUCAGCAAACUAAUUGAUAUUCGAAAACUUGUUACAUAAGUUGUUUUGCUUGGUGAUUGUUAGUUAAUCUAUCCGGAAGUUUAUUCAAUAAAAUUUAAUUUAAUUCGCCUUAA